AUGUCAAACACAGAUCGCGCGGUUGAGGUCUCUCCUCCAGCCUAUGCUAAUGAUACUGCCUUGGAGCAUGUCAUCGUGACCGACGAGAAGAGGGAUCUUGACGUCGACAAGGAGGCUCUUUCGAUUACUGUGGACGGCGAGGAACCCAAUGAUGAUGAGAAGCGCACCCUUCGUCAUGUCGCGGAGAACCUCCCCCUCUCAGCGUGGUUGGUGGCAAUUGUUGAGCUUUGCGAGCGUUUCACCUACUACGGAAUGUCUGGCAUGUUCCAGAACUAUAUUGAGCGUCCCCUUGACGGCAGUGAGGGUCGUGGUGCUCUGGGCAUGGCUCACCAGGGUGCUACUGGUCUGACUACUUUCUUCCAGUUCUGGUGUUAUGUUACUCCCAUCCUCGGUGCUAUUGUUGCCGAUCAAUACCUCGGAAAGUACAAGACCAUUGUCUGGUUCUGCUGCAUCUACCUCGUCGGUCUCUUGAUUCUCGUCUGCACUUCCAUUCCUACCGCCCUGGAACACGGUGCCGGUCUGGGUGGUUUCAUCGUGGCGAUCUUGAUCAUCGGUCUGGGAACUGGUGGUAUCAAGAGUAAUGUCGCCCCCCUGAUUGCGGAUCAGUACAAGCGCAAGAAGAUGGCUGUCAGCACCACCAAGAAGGGCGAGCGCGUCAUUAUCGAUCCAGCUCUGACCAUCCAGCGCAUCUACAUGAUCUUCUACGGAUGUAUCAACCUCGGUUCCUUGUCUCUGCUGGCCACCCCAUACAUGGAGUUGUACAUUGGCUUCUGGUCCGGCUACCUGCUGUGUCUUUGCAUGUUCGCCGUCGGUGCCCUGACGCUGAUCCUGGGCCGCAAGUACUACGUUGUUCGUCCUCCCCAGGGUUCCAUUAUCACCGACGCUUUCAAGGCCAUCGGAAUGAUGAUUGUCAACCGCAACAUGGAUGCCCCCAAGCCCAGCUGGCAGAUUGAGAACGGCAACUCCCAGGUUACCCUGCCCUGGAACGACCACUUCAUUGACGAGCUCAAGCGUGCGCUCGUCGCGUGCCGUGUGUUCGCGUUCUACCCCAUCUACUGGGUCGUGUACGGCCAAUUCUCCGGCAACUUCGUCACCCAGGCCGGUCAGAUGAAGGGCCACGGCAUUCCCAACGAUCUGAUGCAGAACUUUGACCCGAUCUCCAUCAUUGUCUUCAUCCCCCUGCUCGAGACCCUAGUCUACCCCGCCAUGCGCCGUAUGAAGAUCCCCUUCCGCCCUAUCACCCGUAUUGCCCUUGGUUUCGUCGUCGCCUCCUUGGCCAUGAUGUACGCCGCCAUCGUGCAGCACUUGAUCUACUCCGCCGGUCCCUGCUACGGCCACCCACUGUGCACUGCGUCUGAAGUCGACGGCACCGCCCAAGGCAACAACGUCCACAUCGCCAUCCAAACCCCGGCCUACGUCUUUAUCGGUAUCUCCGAGAUUUUCGCCUCCGUCUCCGGUCUGGAGUACGCCUACACCAAGGCUCCUCCUUCCAUGAAGUCCUUCGUGCAGUCGAUGUACCUGCUUACCAAUGCCUUCGGAUCCGCCCUCGCCGAGGCCUUGACCCCUGCCGCGUUUGAUCCCGCCAUUAUGUGGAUGUUUGUCGGUCUGGCCUGUGCCUCUUUCCUGGCUGGUAUUAUCUUCUGGUUUGUGUUCCACCACCUCAAUGCCCAAGAGGACGAUUUGAACGCUCUCGAUGCCGACGAUGGAAUGCCCGAUGCUCCUAUUGAGGAGGAGCGCCGUCAGUCUACUAAACAGUAG